AUGGGAACAUGGUGUGUACGGCAGUCUCUUGCAUCUUCUAUGCAUGAGGUCGCAGCAAUAAUAGGCGAAAAGAAUACUGAUUUAUACCUUGUCCCUGUUUUCGAACAAUUUAUGAAAGACGUAGAGGAAGUGAAGCUAGGAAUUCUUAGGCAUCUCUCAGAAUUUUUUAGGUCUGUCAGCAAGGAAAUGCGAGGGAAAUUAUUGUCUGUUUUGGCCACCUUGCUGCACUCAGACAGUGAGAAUGAGAAAAAUUGGCGGUUCAGAUACGAGUACACCUGGCAGUGUGUUUUCUUAAGUGACCUCUACGACAUGGAAGAAAUAAAUACCUACAUCGCAGCGAUCGCGUUAACGCUAGCUAAUGGCGAGUAUCGUAUCGCGCUCAUUAGGAAGGUUGCCUCGUAUUUGUUGUCUAAAAUUCUGGGUAGUUUCUUGCUGAAAGAUCGUCAGCAUUGCUUACAAAAGAGUACCAGCGGAACUAGUGAUUCUGUGGUCCAUUACUCGUCGAUAACAAUCACAUUUGUAAGGGAUAUCGUCAAGGGAUUCGCACGUUCAAAAAAUUGGAGGAGACGUCAAACGUAAAA